AUGGAGAGGAGCCGCCAUUCAUCCACUUUCGUCGCUCAUCCCAUCAUCGGCCCCUCCCCUCUCACCACACGGCAGCGACGCCCUUCCCCGCGGCUGCAUUCGGCCGCCAUCGAGGAGCAGCCCGAGACUGUCACUGCAGAACCACACACCCCACAGCCGAAGAAGCGGCGUCUGCUGAUCGGCGGUGCCAAGGCGGUUGGGGGCAAGGGUGGGCUGGAGAGCUACACACACAUGAUGGAGCAGCUGCGGCCGCUGACACAGGAGGAGUGGGCGGGCAGGAUGGAGGGCAUGAGCUCAAGUGUGCCACACAUGGGCAGCGUUGAGGGGGAGGGGGGCUUCACUGUGCUGGCCAUCGAAACCUCAUGCGACGACACCGCCGUGGCCAUACUGAGAAGGUGAGCACUUCACCACGAAGCACACACGCGAUCGAUGAAUCCAUCCAUGCAUCCAUCGUCCAUUCCCUCUCUGUGUGUGUGUGUGUGUGUGCGUCAGUGACGGCACCAUCCUGGGCGAGAGCAUCGCCUCACAGGACGCCCUGGGUGAGCGGUUCGGCGGUGUCAACCCAGCGGCUGCCAAGGACGCCCACGAGGCCAACAUCAACGCCACCAUCUCACAGGCCCUGGCAAGGGCGGCCAUGGCUGAUGUGGGUGCGGUGGAUGUGGUGGCCGUCACCACUGGGCCGGGGCUGGAGCUGUGCCUCAGGGUCGGCGUCCAGGUACACACACACACACACGGCCGGCUAUGACGGCACAAGCAGGCAGGCAGAAAGAGAGUCACGAGGGGAGGGUCACCUUGUGGUGUGGUGGGUGGAUGGUGCAGGUGGCGCAGCGUUUGUGCUUGGAGCAUCGGAAGCCGUUCGUGUCGGUGCAUCAUCUGGAGGGCCACUGCCUCAGUGCGCGACUUGCGCAAAGGCAGGCCUUCUGGGCCUCACAAACCUGGACCACAGAGGUAGGCCAGACAGUCGCGACGAUGCACAGUGACGCCGUCCAUCAUGGCCGUCAUCCACACACGACCCGAAUCUCAUUUUCAGGCGUUUCGUCCGCCAGACGCCGCAAUCGAGCCGCUCGAUGAGCUGGGGUUUCCCUUUCUCUCGUUGCUGGUGUCUGGCGGCCACACGCAGCUGACCCUGGUGGAGGGAGUGGGUCGGUAUGUGGUGCUGGGGGGCACACUCGAUGAUGCAUUAGGCGAGGCAUACGACAAGGCCGCCAGGUAGGUGAGACACAUGGGCUGACAAGGCAGGCCUCCACGCACACUCCUGUAUGUCGAUCAUUCAUCUGUCUGUCUGUCAGGUAUUUGGGAUUACCGGUGGGUGGGGGUGGCGGCCCUGCUCUGGAGGCGGCAGCGAGGGACGGCGACCCGUCGGCCAUCGAGCUGCCCACACCGCUGCAAAAGAAACCGAAUCUCGACUUCAGGUGGGUGCGGUGCCUUCGAUGAAGUGAGGGUGUACUCCGCUGUAUUUUCAGUUAUGCUGGGCUGAAGAAUGCGUUCAGACUGGCAGUCGAGGACAGGUAUGCAGAACAAAGGCGGGAGAAUGCUCUUGGCCGUAGAUGGAUCUCUCUCUCCCUCCGCUGCUUCCUUCUUCUCGUUCUCUCAGGCGUCGGUCCCUCGGUCUGGCUGACAGUGAUGAGCUGCCAAGGCAAGACGUGGCCGACCUUGCUGCGUCAUUCCAGAGCGGUGAGCACAUAUUCUCGUCUCAAUAUGCCCCAACACCAACAAACACAUGUCUCAUCUGCCCUGCGUGACCGUGUCCCCAGUUGCAUUGGGUCACAUCGAGGACCGACUGCACCGCGCCAUGGUCCUCUGCGAGCAGCAAUGGGGCGUCACGUCACUCGCCGUCGUCGGAGGUCAGAUCGGACCAGACGAGACACCCAUCCUCAUCCCAUCUCAUCAUGCAUGCCUUCAGGUGUGGCCGCCAACCAGGAGCUGAAGCGUCGCCUCGUCAACCUGUGUGCCUCACGCGGCGACCCUUCUGUGCGUGAGUCGGAGUUCCGUCGAGAGGCCAAGCGGCGGCAGAACCGGGAGAGGAAGCGAAGGAGGCGGGAGCGGAGGGAAGGGCAGGCGGACGAAGGGCUGGAGGGGGCUGAUAAUGAGGGUGGGCUGGUGCCAAAUUUCGUCUUUGAUCCGAGUGUCCACCAAGCUUGGAAGCUGGUGUGCAGGCAGGAGGAGGCAUGGGAGCACUACUUACUGUCGACUGACUUGUGUGGUUCGUUUUGCUGUCUGUGCAGUUUGUGCCGCCCCCUCGGCUUUGCCGCGACAACGGGGUCAUGAUCGCAUGGGCGGCACUCGAGAAGAUUUACAGCGGGUGAGUCUCGAACAAGGGAUGGACGGAUGCAUGGAGGAUGUGUCUGUCCUUCGGAUGUGUUGUGUUCUGUGGUUUGCUGUGCUGUGUAGGUAUCUGGAUGAUGCGAGCGACGUCACGCUGCGGCCAAGGUGGCCGCUGGGCGACAUGUGGGUGCAGCAGGAGGACUCGUGAGACUGAGAGGCUAGAGGGGGUGAAUCAUUGAGUGUCGAUAGACAGCCGUUGAUUCUGUGAAUGAAGUUGUCGCUGAGAGAGAGAUCGCUGAGAGAGAUGAUGCGGGAGCGUUAGCCACGGACAGAAAGGCGAGGCCAAGACACGAAAGGAAGCAAAACCAAUCGAUCAUUCAUGACGUCCGGCUGACUGACUGACUGACUAUACACAUCGCACACUU